AUGGCGCGUCUUCGACAGCCUGACACGGGACUGCAUGCAUCUGCAGACCACAGUCUGCUCGACCUUAUCGCGGAUUCUGCACCCGAAGUACCGGAUAUGAAAGUGGUUUCAAGGUGUCCAUUUCUGUUUGUGUUGACAGCCCAGAAACUGCUGCAUAUUCAUAUUCUUUCUGGUGACUUGACGCAUAAGCGGACCCUUGGGCUGCUCAAGACGGUCAUUUAUGGGCUACGGCGGUAUGACGAGGACCGGCGUGCUGCAUUGCUCUCGCCUGCUGGGAAAGAGGUCCAAGAGCAGAGGAGAGAGAAAGCGAAGGGGUUCAUGUGA